AUGUCCUCAAGUCUUCGUGGUGAUUCAGAUCAUUGUGUUCAUUCAUCAUCAUCUCACUACUUUACAUUGGUGAAUGCUGCUUCAACAACAAGAAGAACAACAACCCUUACUCGUCGUCAUGAUCACUCCAACUCGUCAUCACAACGACAACGACCAAGAGAACACGUGACACAUUCCACGAAGAGUCAAUCAUCAGCAGCCGUGGUGGCACUGACCUUUUCCAAACCUUCAACAACAACCUCAUCAACCACAACCUCAUCAACAACAACCUCAUCAACAACAACCUCAUCAACAACAACAACUUCUCUCUCCAACAGUGAUGUCUUAAUCAUUGCAUUAUCAUCCACUUUGGGUGGUAUUUGUUUAUUCAUGACUCUCUUCUCAGUCAUUGUGGUGUCUAUUUAUAUUUAUCGGAAACGAAGAAGGAAAUUCGACGAUGGAAGAGAUGUCACAACACCCUUAUUAUUCACGAACCAGAAGAAUACACAAAUUGUUUCUCAUCAUCAACAACAACAAGAGGUCUAUUCAUGUACAACUCCUUCUCCAUCGACAGAUCCAAUGAUGAAUUCUUUUGUUAAUACUACUCAUACUUCUUCCAUGAAUAUCAAUGUCAAUAUCAAUUCCACAAAUAUCAAUUCCACAAAUAUCAAUUCCACAAAUAUCAAUUCCACAAAUAUCAAUUCCAAUUCCACAAAUAUCAAUUCCAUCAAUAUCAAUUCCACCACCACCACCACUCUUACAUUGAAAAAGAAAAUUAAUUUAAACGCCAUUAAGGAAGGAAUGAUCAAAUCAUGCAUUCAAGAUCGAGAAGGUAUUUUAAUUAAGAGUUCAAUUGCUAAAGAUUUACCAAGACUUGUGAAAAAGAUCAUUCUCUAUUUUAAUCAUUCUGAAUUAUUUUCUUUAUUAGAAAAUGAUACCAUUCAUGUGAAUUCAAAUCAGUUAAAAUUAGAUUCUAAAGAUGUGAAUGACAUUAAUAUGAUUUGUUGUCGAUUUUUAGCAGAUUUAUCCAAAUGUGUGAAUAUUGCAAGUUGUUGUACAACAAACACUGGUGCACACGAAAUCACAACAGGAGGGAAUCAUGACCUUCAUUCACUCUCCGAUGAAGAGAUUUUGUCUUCCUUUUCCUCCAAUGCUGAUUCCUUGUUGACUAUGAAUGGAAUUGGAGUUGAUGGUGGUGGUGAUAUUGGUGGUGGUAUUCACCAUGGUGAUGAUUUUGGUGAAGAUGUUAGCAGUGCUGGAGGUGGUGGUGACCAGCUAAUAGUGAGACAGUACAGUACUUCUCUGCAUCAAGAUCAUCCUCCUCACACUGUGGUUUUGAAUGGAAAUAUGACAUUGGUGCUCGAUCAACCAAAUCAUCAACAACAACAUCAAGAACAACAUUACGACUCUGAUCAACAACAACCACAUCAACAACCACAUCCACAACAAUUGCUCACUCAAGAAGAGUAUUACAAAAUGAUGACUUUCCAAAAAAGGAGAAAAUCAACCUUAAUGCUCAUUCGAGCUUUGAAUCAUGUGAGAAAUAGAACUUGUCAUGCUGGUGAAGAUGUCUCAAGUCUUGCUUUGAAUAUUCUAAAUUUUGAAUCUUUUUCCAUUUUCCUUAAAGAAACUUUUGGAGAAACUUCACCCGUAGUGAAUGUAUUGAAAUUGUGUUCACAAACUGCACUUUUUGAAGGUUUAAAUCAAAUUCGACCUGCACUUCUCGAUUUGGGAAUUAUGUUUAAAGAUUUUAGAGGAAGAAAUUGGAUUGUGAAAAUUUAUACAAAUUCUCAUCAUGAACGACCACUCAUUAUUCAUGAAAGAAUUGAACAAGUGAUUAACAUGCAAUUACAACCACUCUACACAUUUACUUAUCAAUUACAAAUUGAAAUGGAUGAAGAAUUUGAAAAUAUCACACAAGUGAAUGUGAAAUUAUUGAAUAUCGAUUUUAGUAAGACUAUUCUUUCUGAAAUGGAGCAGAAAACACAUGAGAACAAGUUGAAGUUAGUCAUGGAACAUUGUAUUCCAUAA